CGAAUACAGUGCCACUUUGCGUGCGUCUGUUGCAUAGUCUGGUACCUGCUGUCCGAUUUGUCCGUUAUGCGAUCAACAAAGUCUGUCAAAUUUCCCCUUUUUUGAGUUCCGGGGUACUCUUGGGCAGAGUGAAGUGGGUAUAUGACAACAACUGAUAUUUACCACUAUCUAUAUUUAAUUCCGGCUGCUUAAAUUACAUAUUUUAGAAAAACAGUGUAUUAUAUUUUGAGUUCCGGCAGAUCAGGCAGAUCAGGCAAUUCCGGAUUUUACCCACACCCCCUAGUUGGGAAUUAAGUUGCGGGGUAGAAAACAAGUCAUUGAUGAGACAACUCAAAGGAGGAGUGCCAAGCAAGACAAGUUGACAGGUGAAGUUGACAUUGACUGACACUUGAUGUCAGUAACAAAUGUCACUGUCAGUGACGACUGAUUGAGACUGACUUGAUAAUGCGAUCAUCAUCAUGGCCGAGGACCAACUCUUCUUAAUCGAUAGCCUGCAAGAUGAGAACUCUAGCUCUACAUCCGAUUCCAUCCAAAAACAAGACCCUCCUCAGCUCAUCUCCGUUCCCAUCACAGCAGCCUCCGUCUUCCCUCCUCCUCCUCAGACAGAGCCAAAGAGCUCUUCGACAACAAGCAAUGGCAACUCGAUGCAGGUGAUGACAACCAACAGUAUCCAGAAUGCUCACCUAGAGAUUGAUCUGUCGCAAGAGGACGUCCCUUUGGGAGGAAACCUUCUCACUGACGAUGACGACGACAAUGACGAUGAUGAUGAUAAGAAUCAGCAGAUUAAGAAGCAGACAAACGGAAAUGUCAAGUUUGAGCAGCCCAGUCAUCAUCAGACAUCUGUUGUCAAACAUCCGAGACUCAAAAAAGCAAGAAUGAAAACCAAGAGGUUUGUCGAGCAUCUAGCUGUCAGGCUGAUUGGUGUUGGUCUUGUGAUCUUCGACAUCAUCAUUGUCAUCUUAGACAUUGUAUUGAACCCUCAGAAAGCAUCCACCAUGGAAGCCUAUGACAUCAUAUCCGUCACUGUGUGGUGUUAUUUUCUUCUAGAGAUCUCCCUGAGAAUAUUUGCCAAGGGAAAGAAGUUCUUCCGAACGAAACUGGACAUACUGGAUAUGAUCAUCAUUAUCGUAACAGGAUCAGUCACUCUGGUGUAUGUGUCUGUGGAUUUGAGUGGAAGUUAUGUCAAGUUGGUGGUUGUGUUUCGUGUUCUUCGUAUCUUCCUGUUAUGUAGGCUCCUCAGUGAAAGGAAACAUGUAUCCAAAGCAACAAGGAAAAUGGUGUCCCAGAAUAAGAGGAGAUAUAAAAAGGAUGAUUUUGACUUGGAUUUGACUUAUAUUACAGACAGAGUCAUUGCGUCAUCUUUUCCUUCGUCUGGAAGGCAGGCUUUAUACAGAAACCCAAUUGAAGAAGUGGGUCGAUUCCUGGACACCAAACAUAAAGACCACUACAAAGUCUACAAUCUCUGCAUUGAGCGUCACUACGAUGAGUCCAUAUUCCACCAUAGUGUCGGUCGAGUUCUCAUUUUCGACCACAACGUUCCAAAAUUAAAGGAUAUUGUGGAGUUCUGCGCUGAUGCAAGGAGAUGGAUGGAAGCUGAUGGAAAAAAUAUAUUAUUUAUUCACUGCAAGGGUGGGAAAGGAAGGACUGGGUUGGCAGUCUGCUCCUGGCUGUUAGAGAGUGGUCUGUUUACAACAACAGCUGAAUGUAUGGAUUAUUUUGGGAAUCGGCGGACAGACUACACUGAAGGGGACAUGUAUCAAGGAGUGGAUACCCCUAGCCAGAGUCGAUACGUGGAUUACUUUCAAAAGAUAAAGUACAGACUGAAUGGACAGAUCCCAGCUCCAGUGCCAUUGACCAUCAGCACCAUCAGGAUUCAAGGAAUUCAAGGUGUUGGUAAAGGAGAUGGAAGGGAUAUAUGGAUGGAAGUCCACUCUAGCAAUGCACCAGUCUUCAGCUGUGAUUUCAGACACAACAUCAAUUGUAAUGUAAUGUAUGACUUUGACACUGACUCGUUGAUAAUUCAAGUCAAGGAUUCCCCCGCCUUUGCCGGUGAUGUAAAGAUCAAGUUUAUAUCUGCAAACAAAAAAAUUCCACAAGCCUACGACGACUGCGCAUUCUUUUUCUGGUUCUACACAGGCUUCAUCAAGGACGACAGGCUUUUCCUUCAUCGGAGGGACCUGGACAACCCACACAAGGCAGAAACAUGGAAGGUUUACAAAGAAACGUUCGCUGUCGACAUCAAAUUCAACUCGGUCCAGGAAAGCGAUGCCUGAUUCGCUCACCAUUAUGAUGUGGUCUUCAACUCUUAAAAGCUCAACACUGGAGUUUCAUUAGCCCUUUUCACACUACUCUGUUCCCCGGGGUUGCAUUUUCAGACAAUGAUUGCUCUACCCCUGGUCUGCCCCUGUCUGCCCCUGUCCUGCCCCUGUCUGCCCCGGUCUACCCCUGUCUGCCCCAGCAACUGGGCAUACCGCAGGAGCCACCCCUGCUCUGGAGUAGGUGUAAGAGGUAAAAUCCUUGGGGUAUUCUUGAAACGUGCAACCUGGACCCUGUGGAAUAGGGACACAGUGUGAAAGAGCAUUGGGGUAACCGUGGGAUAAACAAGUCCUGGGGCUGUAUUCCAUACGGAUAAGGGAUACAGUGUGAAAAGGACUUUUGUCUUAUUAUGAUCAACAAGUUGGCUUCAUACUUUUUUUUGCAUAAUUUUGAUUGACUGAUGAGGCUGUUUGAAAGUGUAUACAUAAAUAUGAUGACAAAAUGAUGAUGUCAUUAGUUGGUUUUUGUCCCGACACUCGUUUCCAUUGUUUGACCCCCAGCAAUGGUGGUUAUGCAAUGGGUAUAUUGAUAGUAAGUAUGUCCCUAUGGAGGCAUUAUCAUUGAAAACUGCAUGCGUAAUAAAGCACACUGUAUUCUUGGUUGUUUGUGUGUAUACGUUUUCAAAAGAUAACUGUGUAAAGACAUAGGUCUAGGCAGGCCUAGAUGCUAUGAUCGUCAACCUAACAAUUUGCAUGUUUGUUGUGGUUGUUGUUUGGUAUGUCUGAAGGCUGAAGGGGGAUGGGUUUUUUUGGCUUCCUUUUUUCCCUCAACUUUGAAAACAUAUUCUCAACGGAUUGGAGUCACAAGUAUUAUUUCCAAAAAGGACAACAAGUACUUAUUUUAUCACCCACAUUUUAAAGGCAGUGGACACUAUUGGUAGUUACUGAAAAUAAUUAUUCGCUUAAUACCUUACUUGGUACGA